ACUUCAACGUUGGUUUGUAGUCCGGAAAUAAAAACAGAAGAAGUACAGCUCCGACUUUUGAUCUGAUCCCAAUCUUUCAGGAAACUUUCAAGCGUUUAGAGCUUUGGCCAUUCCACAUCUAGGCUACCUUUACUGCCAGGUGUGUUUUAAUGAAGUCGGCUUUCCUUCACGUGUCGGUGCCUUUUGUGCUCUGUGUUGUCUUGGCAAACACCAGCCUCUUCGACGAAGUUGAGGUGGACUUGUCUACUGACCAUUAUGCAGAGAAAGUGGUUGAUUUUCUGCCCUAUUUUCUGGCGAUGCCCUGUAACUGUCUGGUUAACCUGGCUUAUAUUUACAUGGGACUAUACUGGUUUACGUGGACCGGAUGCGCCCCAGAACCGCAGGAGAGCCGGUACCUGAGAGAGGUAUUCGCUCUUAUGGCUGUCUUCUACGGACCUGUGCAGUGGACGCGCCUGGCGACGCUGCGGCGCGCUCCCGCCGUCCUCGACCAGUGGUUCACCUUACCAAUCUUCGCGUGGGUUCCGCUGUGGAUCAGUUACAUAGAGCGCGGGCCGGCGAAGUGGCGCGCAACGCACGCGGUAGCGCUCGAGCUGUUGUCUGUCCUCAGCUACGGUCUGGCGCUGGCGCACGAGCGGGGCUUUGAGCUGGCGCUGUGCUGUCACGUCAUCCUCGCGGUGUACCGGGGAGUCCGCGUGCAGCUGGCGCACGGGGACAGGCGCACGCGGGGCUACCUGCUGCUGGCGGUGCUGUCCUGUGCGGGCUUCGUGGUGCUGAAGUUGCUGGACCACUGGCUGGGUCAGUACCAGCUCUUCGAGCGGCUCACCGGACACUUCUGGUCUAAAGUGUGUGACGUGCUGCAGUUCCACUUCAGCUUCUGUUUCCUGACAACACUGAGCCAGAGCACACGGGGGAAAACAGCAGCACAGCGCGAGUAAGACACUGGGAAAGUUGCCGAGAUCCGCUUUGGUUUCAUCUCCGAUACAAACCGUGUUUUUUUUCCAAUGGUCUUUUUAUUGAUGACAAAGCUAUAAGACAAUCGCUGUAGGAUGAAAAUAUUUGUUUUUUUGCACAACAUCCACCCAUGACACAACACAAACAAAUGCCCAAACAUCCGAACAUAGUUCUCAUAAAUCUCUUGUAAUCUACUAUUUACUGUCAGUGGCCUAGUGGAAUCACUCCUGGGUUGACUGCAAUAUGUUUCCACAUUUCAGCUAUAGAGUGGUUUAUAAAUAACUGUAACUUUUGUCCCAGGUGAUGAUGAUCAUGGGUCAAAGGCAAAAGUGUGUGUUUUUUUGAAGGUACAUUAAUUUUGUUAGAAAAAAUACAAAAUGUAUUACUGCCUACUACAAAUAAAAAUAUUACCAUGCAUAAAGGAGCCAAGAACAAAACAAAAAAAAUGACUUGAUAUUAUACUGUAUAUUAUAAAGAUAACAGAAGGGACCUUGAGUAAAUGUGGAACCUCUUACAUGUUUACACAUCAUGUUUAGUGAUAGAAGUGAGGACAGGCUCUGAUGAUGGUUUCUGAUUGGUCCAUAGCAGGGCCAGGCCUGCUUCUCGGAAGUCACGGUGGGAACAGUAAAUAAGAGGGUUCAGACCACAGUCCAGGUAUGACAUCACUGAUGAUAGUGUCCUUAACCAAUCAGGUGCCGGUGACAAGUCUAUUCUCCCCAGCAGGACCAGCUGAUAGAGAGGUCAAUGAAAAUAAAGAAAUGGACAUUC